AUGCUUGCGGAUAUGUGCGUGGGUGUCUACAAGGCUGCAAUGAACUACGAGAUUCGACCUCAUGAGUUCAGCUUCAAUACACAGGAAUCACUCUUUACUGGGCUGGGGUUGGGCUUUUUGGCCGCCACUGCAGUCGUUGCGUCCCCCUCGUUGUUGGACUUGCCCAUUACGGCAGCGGAGGUAGUCAGGAUCGCCAUGAGAGCCGGUAUCUUGCUGUAUCAGAAAUCCCAGGAUUUGGAGCAACUGUCACUCGACAGUUCCUUGGAGAGUUGGACUACCGUUGUGAGAGGUUUGGACGAGAGUAUAGUGCGAGGAGAGCUGGAAAAAUUCAACAAAUCUAUGGAGACACCGCCAUCAAGCAGAAUAUACAUCAGUGUUGUGGAGCCCGACGGCAGCGUAUUCAUCAGCGGUCCGCCAUCGGGACUACGCGAGUUCUUUAAUAAAUCUGGAAAGGUUCAGUCAGCUCCGCGUGCGCCCCUGCCCGUCUAUGGGGGCCCCUGCCAUGCAGCUCACUUGUACGACCGAACACACACCGAAUGGGUAGUAAGCAAAGUCAAUCCUGAAAUUGCUAGUCGUCGUCUCUCGGGGCACCCUCUUGUGCUGUCAAUGGGCGAUGGUCAGCCGUUGGCGGGCGAGAAUGCACGAGAUCUCUUCGAGUCGGCCACAUAUGUGCUUCUGACAAGCAUAAUCCGCUGGGAUAGCGUUCUUGCCGCUGUCAAAAAGCUUCCCCACUGGAAACAAGAUACGAAGCUGCAGCUCGAGACUUUCAGGCCAUCCUCACCUGCUGUGCAUGGCUUGAUAUCUGCAGUACAGUCCGAAUACCCAGAUUGCACAGUCAGUGUAGAUGAUCUUGGCGACUGGAUAAUUGACAAUAGCCUUGAGCCACCAACAAUCCCCAUCGACUCCAGGAUCGCUGUGGUAGGAAUGUCUUGCCGGUUGCCCGGGGGGUCGGAUGAUCUGCAGCGGUUCUGGGAGCUCCUUGAGGACGGACGGGAUGUACACCAGAAGGUCCCAGGCAACCGAUAUGACGUUGAGAGUCACACGGACAUGACCGGGAGACGACUGAACACUAGCCACACCCCGUUCGGAUGCUUUAUUGACAGCCCCGGGCUAUUUGAUGCUAGCUUCUUUGACAUGUCUCCCCGCGAAGCAGGACAAACAGAUCCUACCCACCGUCUGGCACUGCUUACUGCAUAUGAAGCCUUAGAGUAUUCUGGAUAUGUGCCUAAUCGCACCAGAUCAACCACCAGAGACCGAGUAGGGACGGUCUACGGCCAGUGCUCCGACGACUAUCGCGAAGCAAAUGCUGGCCAGAACAUCGACAUGUAUUUUAUACCAGGGAACUAUCGGGCGUUUGCCCCCGGCCGAAUCAGUUACUUUUUUAAAUUCUCCGGUCCUAGCUUCAAUUGUGAUACAGCUUGCUCCGCCAGUUUAGCUGCGGUCCAGAUUGCCUGUAGCGCCCUAAUCCGCGGGGAGGCUGACAUGGUCGUGGCCGGGGGAUUAAACAUCCUAACAGGCUCUGAUAGUUUUGCUGGUCUCAGCCGGGGCUUCUUUCUUUCGAAGACCGGAAACUGUAAGGUGUUUGAUGACGGUGCCGAUGGGUAUUGCCGAGCAGAUGGAAUUGGUUCUAUUGUCCUCAAGCGUCUAAGUGAUGCACAACAAGACAAUGAUAACAUCUUAGGCGUGAUCCUUGGGACAGCUACCAACCAUUCAUCACACGCUAUCUCUAUAACUCACCCUCACGCGCCUACCCAGGAACACCUUUAUCGUUCUGUUCUUUCUCAGGCUGGCAUUGGGCCUCACGAUGUGGAUCUGGUCGAGAUGCACGGCACAGGCACACAGGCUGGGGAUGCGGCGGAAAUUGAAUCCGUCACCCGCGUCUUCAGUCCCCCAGUGCCUCGACGGUCACAUCCGCUGUACAUUUCCUCCGUCAAAGCCAAUCUGGGACAUGGAGAGGCUGCGGCUGGCAUUACAGCGCUCAUGAAAGCGCUCCUAAUAUUCCAACAUAAUGCGAUUCCCCGCCACGUGGGCAUAAAAACAGCGUUGAACUCGAAAUUUCCGGACCUUGAACGACUAAACGUCCAUAUCCCCAAGGAAACCAUCCCUUGGCCGUAUCGGUCGAACAGAAAACGAUACGUUAUGAUCAACAACUUCAGCGCGGCGGGAGGAAAUACCAGUUUGCUGCUGGAAGAGCCGCCUGUACGGCCAGAUCCUCAGGGGCCUCCACAGACACGAUUCGUCGUGGCUCUAUCCGCGAAGAGCACGACUUCCCUGCGACGGAAUCUCGAAAGCCUGAUAACAUGGCUGGAGGGAAACCGAUCCGCACGAUUGGCGAGUCUCGCAUAUACUACCACCGCCCGCCGCAUGCAUCACAAACACCGCAUCGCGGUCCAUGGCGCCUCGGUAGCAGAGAUCAUCCAAGCGCUGCAUCAGCGUGGCUCUCGUGCAGAGCUUGGACUAUUGGUGAGUAAGCCGCCCUCUGUCGCUUUUAUCUUCUCCGGCCAAGGAAGCUUCUACGCUGGAGUGGGCUCGCAGCUCUUCAAGGAGUAUCCUCCGUAUCGGGAGCAACUCCAGCGCCUGGAUGAGAUUUGCCAGCAGAAUGGGUUUGGCUCGAUACUUCCGGCUAUCACAGAUACAGAUGCGGAUGUCUCCCAAUUAAGUGCGCUGGUGACCCAGCUUACUACGGUCUGCGUCCAGAUCGCCCUCUGUCGUCUCUGGAGGACGCUCGGGGUGAAGCCUGCCGUGGUUAUCGGCGCAAGUCUGGGCGAGUACGCCGCUCUGUAUGCUGCAGGAGCGCUGUCCGCCAGCGACGCUAUUUUCUUAGUUGGGCAGCGUACUCUGCUUAUGCAGAAGCUGUGCACCGCUAAUAGCUAUGGAAUGCUAGCUGUACAGGGAAGCGUCGACGAUAUUCGCCGCUGCGUUCAAGACCGCACAUACGAAGUCGCUUGUAUUAAUGCGCCCCGAAGUAUCACAAUAUGUGCGUCGAUCAAGGAUAUUGUAGAUAUACAACAAUCGCUAGUGUCCCAAGGGUAUCGCAGUGUCAAGUUGAAUGUCCCAUUUGCAUUUCACUCCUCUCAGAUGGACCCCAUCCUAGAUCGAUACGAGGAGAUCGCCAAGGCUGUCUCCUUCCGGAGCCUUCAGAUCCCACUCAUUUCAUCCACUUUGGCCGAUGCGGCUGUACAAAGUAGGAGCUUGGUCGCCAGUCUGUUCCUGCGGGAGAACACGCGGGCGCCCGCCCGGUUUGCGGAGGCCGUUGCAAAAGCGCAAGAUAUGGGCCUGGUCAAUUCCCAUACUGUCUGGGUGGAGAUUGGAGUCCAUUCGACCUACUCAGGCGCCGUGCGCGCCACUGUAGCAGAUCUCCAAGCCAUUGUGCCGAGCCUGCGUUCAGAUGAGACUAACUGGCAUACAUUGGCCGUUAGCAUGUGCACUCUUCAGGAGACAGGAGUUCCAUUGGACUGGAACGAGUGGUAUCGACCCUUCGAGCCUGAGGUCCGCCUGCUAGACUUGCCAUCCUAUCGGUGGGACCUGAAGAAUCACUGGAUCCAAUACAACGGGGACUGGCUGUUGGUCAAGGAUAAACGGCCUAGAACAGACCAAAUCUCUGCUGCAACACCAUCCUUGCGCACUGCCUUGGUGCAUCAGAUUAUGGAGGAGUCAUUCAGGCCUGAUGGUGGAGAGAUCGUGGUACAGUCCGACGUCAUGGACAAGGAAUUUUUCGCCGUUGCGUCAGGGCACAAGAUGAGUGGGCGGCCGCUCGUUUCAGUGUUUUCCUAUCCCGACAUAGCUUUCACAUUAGCAAGAUAUAUGUACUCCCGCCUUAAACCCGAAUCACCACUUCCGGCCAUGGAUUUUGGUCAAGUAAGGGUGUUACAAGGACUGCUUCCACGAAAAGAUCGGUCCAAACCCCAAUGGGUUCGGAUGCGCAUGCGGGCGGAUCCCCAGUGUGCAGCGCUGCAGUUGUCUAUAUCUGGUCUGUCGGAUGAAAGCUCACGACAUGUUGAGGAGAAGCUGGCCAGCGGUGUCGUGAGAUGCGGCGACAGACAGAGCUGGCAGGAUGAAUGGGCUGAUUAUGCCCACUUGCUGACCACCCGGAUCGUCACCCUACAGCAGAUGGCGGAGAACGGACAAGCAAGUCGGGUAUCGCGGGAUCUGGUGUACACGCUCUUCAAGAAUAUCGUCGACUACGCAGACCACUAUCGUGGCAUCCAGUCGGCGGUGCUGCACGGCUUGGAAGCUGUGGCUGAUGUGAUUCUUGCGCCUAGCAAUGAUAGCCGCUGGACGGCGCCUCCCCACCACAUCGACCCAAUUACCCAUGUUGGGGGUCUCGUGCUCAACGCCGGCCAUGCCACGGACCAUCAUAAUACCAUCUAUGUAAUGGAAGGAUGGAAGUCAAUGCGGUUCGCCGAGGAACUCGUCGCGGGCGAGCUCUAUCGAUCCUAUGUCAAAAUGAAUCCGGCCCGCGAUGGUUCGGGUUUCUUCGUCGGCGACGUCUACGUUAUGCGUGAAGACCACAUUGUCGGAAAGGUCCGUGGGAUGACACUGCGUCCGCUACCUCGUAUAUUGAUGAAUCGCUUCUUCGACCCCCCGGACGAUGGUGAUGGCCUGGCAACUCAACACAUCCAGCCCCAUGACCUGCCGCAAGUACAGCACCAACCCAGUCCAACAACAGAUUCAGGCCCGGAUGAUGACCCAAAGGAUCCAAAUACCGGCCCGCUCACCCCGGAAGUUGAUCUGCCAGUCGCACCAUCUGUGGAGAAGGCGAACACCAAGCUCGUCCGUGGCGCACUGGCUCUCCUCGCCGCCGAGACCGGGGUUGAGCCGGACGGUCUGACCGAUGAGACGGAAGUUUCUGCGCUGGGUAUAGAUUCCCUUCUGUCCCUUGUCCUAGUGGAGAAGUUCGCGACCGAGCUGCAGGUUAACAUUCAGAGCUCUUUCUUCCUCGAGUCUCCUACAAUUCGAGAACUGAAGGAGUAUCUCACUGCGUCUUGGUAA